AUGAUGAACUCAGGGUGGGCGAGGAAGCGGCUGCUCAAAGAGGAAGACGGGACCCAAGUGGAAUUCGAGACCAGCGAGGACGUGGACGUGACGCCCACGUUCGACACCAUGGAUCUGAGGGAGGACCUGCUGCGUGGCAUCUACGCCUAUGGGUUUGAAAAGCCAUCCGCCAUCCAGCAGCGCGCCAUCCGGCAGAUCAUUAGAGGGAGAGACGUCAUCGCGCAGGCUCAGUCUGGCACGGGCAAGACCGCCACCUUCAGCAUUUCCGUCCUGCAGUGUCUGGACAGCCAGGUCCGUGAGACCCAGGCUCUGAUCUUGGCCCCCACGAGAGAGCUGGCCGUGCAGAUCCAGAAGGGCCUGCUUGCGCUGGGUGACUACAUGAAGGUGCAGUGUCACGCCUGCAUCGGGGGCACCCACGUCGGGGAGGACAUCCGGAAGCUGGACCACGGGCAGCAUGUGGUGGCCGGCACGCCGGGGCGUGUCUUCGAUAUGAUUCGGCGCAGGAGUCUGAGGACAUGUGCGAUCAAGAUGUUGGUUUUGGAUGAGGCUGAUGAGAUGCUGAAUCAAGGUUUCAAAGAGCAGAUUUACGACGUGUACCGGUACCUGCCCCCGGCCACGCAGGUGGUGCUCCUCAGCGCCACGCUGCCCCACGAGAUCCUGGAGAUGACCAGCAAGUUCAUGACGGACCCCAUCCGCAUCCUGGUGAAGCGUGAUGAGCUGACGCUGGAAGGCAUCAAGCAGUUUUUCGUGGCGGUGGAAAGAGAAGAGUGGAAAUUUGACACGCUGUGUGACCUCUACGACACGCUGACCAUCACGCAAGCCGUCAUCUUCUGCAACACCAAGAGGAAGGUGGACUGGCUGACGGAGAAAAUGAGAGAAGCCAACUUCACGGUGUCGUCGAUGCACGGAGACAUGCCUCAGAAGGAGCGGGAGUCCAUCAUGAAGGAGUUCCGCUCCGGCACCAGCCGGGUGCUCAUCUCCACCGACGUCUGGGCCCGGGGCCUGGACGUCCCUCAGGUGUCCCUGGUCAUCAACUACGACCUGCCCAACAACCGGGAGCUCUACAUCCACAGGAUCGGGCGGUCGGGGCGGUAUGGCCGGAAGGGCGUGGCCAUCAACUUCGUGAAGGACGACGACAUCCGCAUCCUGCGGGACAUUGAGCAGUACUACGCCACGCAGGUCGACGAGAUGCCCAUGAACGUUGCCGAUCUGAUGUGA